CAUGUUGACACGAUGAUCGUUAUUCUAAUUUGAACUAUAGAAGUACGGUUUAUUGACUGAUCGACGUUAAAAACGCGACCUCUUUACCGUUCCUAUGUCAUAAGGGAGAAGAUAAAAUUUAAAACAGGGGUUCCGUUUCGAAAAUUUUGAGUUAAAAAAUUAAAACCUCGGUUAUUUCAACCUUUAGUGGCCUGCUACCAGUACAUCACCUAUUAAUAGCCACAACCAGCUGUGAUGAUAGAGCACGCAGCAGUGCCGUUUAUUUUUAGAAUACCUAAAACGUAUUUUGUUUUUGUAUCGCAGGUGAAAUGUCAGCUGGUCAAAUUAAGGAGAAAAUUUAUAUACCAAUACACACAACAAACAACCAAUUAGUCCUAUCGGGCUUGGGGAAAUCUACAAAGAGAGGUAUAAAAAAGUGCAACAAUUGUAGCACUUACAAUGGCACUAGAAGUGCAGUGUGCAAGAAUAAAAACUGUGGCGUUAUUCUCAAAGACUCCGAGGAAAAAUCUAGAGUGGAUAUAGAUGCUGUCAAAUUACUUACAGGCAAAGAAAAGCAAGUAUUUUCUGUCAGGGUAAGAGAUAUGGGCCCAGAUUAUAGAGGGUUUGUGCAGUUACCGAUUCUCCAAUCACAAGAAGACAAAAACAUCCUGUCAGAAGUAGCAUUGUGCUUUGUCGACUCCUGUCAGAACUCAUUCGAUAAUUCAAUCCUCAAAUGUCACGAAGAAGACCAAAACAGUACUAAUCAGGUGUGUGAUCACAUAAAAUCAGCGUUGAAAAGUCAAAGCAGUGCCACUCCAAUGAAAUUCAAAAAUGACGUAUUAGGGUCUCUCCAAGUGACAGAUGAUGUUAAGGAGACAUUGUACAUCUUAGCUAAUGAAAAACAGGGCUGUUUAGUGCAACAGGUGGCAAAGUCUAUUAUGGCCGUGAAGUGUCAGGCAACACCUAAGCACCCGUUGGGGUAUCUACAUUUUGGGUUCAUUAAAGGCAAAGGAAGAGAUUGUUAUGAAAAGUAUUUUUGCAGUUGCUCAGAAUUCAUAGAAUCGAGAAGCAUACCUGGAAAAGAAAUAAGAAAAUGUAUCCACUACUAUGCAUGUAUUUGGUCUUUGGCUAGCAACACAAGGUAUUUUGAUGAGUUUUCCUACUUUUUGCAGUUUGAACUACCAAUGUCAGAACCAAUUUUUGGUCAUCUGAAUGAUAAACCAAGUCCACUAUCUGAAACUUCAAAAUAUAUUCAACAAGCUGCUGCAAUGAAGGUAACAGCUAACAAAAGUCUCGAUGAAAGGUAUAGAAAAUCUAAAGUAAUCAAACAACCAAGGAAGGUGGAGUUGAUAAAACGGUGUCAGAAAAUUAUACCAAAAAUAUAUCCUAUUGAAAUAAAAGUGUUGAACGAACCAGCAAAAGGUAAUCAUAAUACAUGCUGGACCUUCAUAGACUGGCUUUCGUACGUAACUGAAUCAAUCAACAAAACUAUGCAGUUUGACAACUGUGGAAUUGUCAACACAUUGGUGUUCCAAAUACCUCAGGUAAAAUACGUUGCCAUACAAUCCUUCAUAUAAAGGCUUUUUCAAUAAUAAGGACCAGUCGAUGUCGAUGUUGAAAUGAAAUAAAAAACCUGUGCGUGAUGUAUCAAACUGUUCUCUCUCCAAAAUGUUCGUGUACGUUUUGUAUCGCAACUUCGCACAGUGGCCCACAUCAAGGAAAUUACCUUUUCAGUAGCUCUGUCACAUAGAUCCUGUUAAAUUUGACUGAUGACCUGACCUAGGUUAUAAUUGAUUGAGGAUGUUGAUGGAUGGCUACGUAUUGUCUGUUUCACGAAUAUCCUUUACGGUCGCUUAUUUUAUUUCUACAUCGAUUCGACCUUAUAGGGAAAUAUGUACAUAUAAUGUGACGCCCUCGUAACUGAGACAUUGAGCAACGAUGAGACGCCCACACCAUAUUGACGCUUAGGCAACCAGAGUUUCAUCGCCGCGCAUUAAGGGCGGUAACAGCUUGCAGUCAGAAUAAGCGAGUGUUUGCGACGGUAGCGGGAGCGCUGGACAAACAUCGGGAAGCACCUACCGACACCGAGAAGCAUAUAUCGACAUCGAAAUAGUUUCGGUGAAGCUCUGGAAUGCCCUGAAUUGGCUAAUUUGAACAUAAAAGCUAUGCCGACAGCGGAAAGGAGUGGAGCAGUCGACAACGGGCGAUGAGUCACCACAGAACGCGAUAGUCCAGUCGAUAUGGUUAUAAAUUUGCCAUAAAUUAGUUGCAAAUAUUGUUAUGUUAUAUGAAAGUAUUUUAUAAUGAUUUCAAGAAACGGAUCCCAGACACCUACCAAGUCAUUGAAACAGAGGAAAUUUACCAUUACAGCAUAAUGAAUAUAUUGCAUUUGAAACAGAUCUUUGACACCCCGCUGGUUAAACUGAGGAUUUCAAAAAAAUUCGUCCAUACUGAACAAAAAGGCUACGUGGAAUACAAUGAAGCAGAACAUAAUAAUGACAUUUACCAAUGCUCGUUUAUAUUUUUCUUGAACGUUGGACAGUCUACCGUAGACGAGAGUGAUAAUACAAAUAAUUCAUUUGAAAUCGAGUGGAUUCCGCGGAUCACAGAUGUUACUGCAAUAGGGCAGUUAAAAUUGCAGUACAAAUAUGGAAGAAAGAGUACUUGAUAUGACUUGGAGUUGUUAUACAAUUAUUGGGAAAGCAAAUAUAAUGAAUCAUUUUACAUGGAAUUUGUGUUGCUUUUUUCGGCACCCGCGAGAGUGAAAACAGCACUUUGUGCUGUCUUAUUUCGAUUGACCUGAUUUCUCGGAUAAAGGAUAGUUUCUCAGGUCUCGUUCGUUGUUCUUCCUGAGACCAGGCCUAGGCCAUGCUGAUGAUGUUGAAUUCCAAUAUCGGCCCAAUAUGAGAGCAGUUAUAUAUGCAUUCUGUUUGGCUUGUACCACUUUUUAGUGUAACUGCACUUUUUUGAUAAUCUGCUAACUGCCCUGAAAAGAAAGUAUAUUUAAUCGAAGUUGUUGAAGAAUUCAGCUUCUGUUUCUACCGAGUUUUUAAAACUUUUAAUUGAUAACCCUAUACUCAAUUUGUAAGCGUCGGCGUUUCUCAGACUUUAGAGGCUAUUCGUUUAUGAACAACCUUUUUUUCCCAAGGAACGCCUUCUGUCGAAGCUGUAAAAACGCAAGAAUACGUCGAUCACCAAGCAGUAAAAAAAGAAGAAAUUUCGAUACUCUGUAUCUUAAAACGGAGCAUUUUCCAACUUCUUGUUUUAGAAUUACCAAGGGAAUCACAUUUUGAAGUUAAGCAAAGUACAAUAUUUACACAGUGUAGGUAAGUAAGCUAUCAUUCAUCUCACCGCAGCAAGCAAAUGCGGCGUAGUUCUUCGCAUUACACAGCUAACCUUGAGAGAGUGAGUUUCCCUAAAACCUGGAGUUUCGAAUAAACCGCACCCUGCAACUUCGAUAAACCCCGCAGUGAUAUCUCAGCCCUAAAGGUCUUUCCCUGUAGCGCCACCACUGGUUACACGCUUCAAGUGCCGCCCUAUUUGCAUUUAUAAACCACAAGUCACAGCAGCGUUGGUGUCAGCAAGGAAUCGAGAGUCUAAAAAUAGGAGAUCAAGAAGACUAUCUGAAAUAGGGCAUAAGUCAUUUUCAACCAGGUCAUGAACGGGUUCAGCCGAACCACCAUUUUUUCGCUCGCCAUUGUCGCCACCGCCGUAACCCGUAUUGCUAGGUGUAAACCACACUUAAACCUAAGUGACAGUUGCUGACAAACUGGCAGUUCAUGAUCAUAACCUACAAAAAACAUAAACAUCUUUUAUUUUAAAAAAAAUCAAAAGGUGUUGACUGUUGACGGCAUUUUCAAAAUAAUGAACGACGAGAGAUUCCUAGUUAGUGGUUGGGAAGAUGAUAUAAAUGAUAUUGACGAAACAAGGAAUCCAACAGACACAUUAGAGAAGAAAAUACUGGAUGCCUGUGAGAAUGGAAAUGGAACACUUGAAGAGGUAAAAAAAAUCUUAGAAGAGCACCCUGAUCUAGUGGGUGUGAGAGAUAAGGAUGGUUAUACACCUUUACAUAGGGCAUGUUACAGCAAUAACCCAGAUAUAGUAGAAUACUUAAUUGAACAUGGAGCUGAUAUUUCAGCAAGAACAGAAAUGCAGUGGCAACCCCUUCAUUCCUGCUGUCAAUGGAACCAUGUAAAAUGUGCAUGGAUACUCAUACAGAAUGGUGCUGAUGUUAAUGCUAAAUCGGAAGGCAGUCAAACCCCCCUACAUAUUGCAGCAUCACAUGGUGUAUCUUAUGAAACUGUACAAUUACUCCUGGCUCAUCCUUACAUAGACCCAAACAUCAAGAAUAAUAGUGGAGAAACAGCAGCUGAUUUGGCAAAAAGGGCAUCAAAAUAUUACAAUAUCUUUGAAGUUGUUGAUCCAUUGUUGGAUUAUAAAAAUUUGGAAGUCCUGAAAUGAACAUGAUUCGCUAAGAACUACUGCAAUCCGCGUGUGCAUAUAUGUGUCAUAAUUAUAUUUUUUCAUGGAAUGAAUCAUACUUGUAUUAAGUUUAUCACAAGAUUCAUAUUAAAUUAUUUUGAAUGUA